AUGUCGAAUUACCUUGCGAAAUCGUCACGUCUGCUCGGAGAGGUGCAGCCGUACCGCUGGCACCCUGGCCCCGACAAAGGCAAGAACAAGGGCCAUUGGCAUCUUUUCGCACCGAGUCCUGAGGACUGCAAGUCCACCCCGUGCCCCGAGUGUGAAGACCGGCCAGGCAGGCCAGCGUGGCGAGACUGCCCCGAGCACCAAGAAAAGUGCCCCGACUGCGGGUUUUUGCGCCGGGAUGCCUUCGAACUUCCUUUCAUCUCCCCCGAGCUGCAUGCUCGUGCAAAGCUCACCACAGGCGAGGGUUGCAAGGAUGCCACGGUGAGAGGGGCUUGGGGGGAGCGGGACCACUGGUUGGGGCAACCGAAAGGGGGGGUUCACGAGCCGCAGUCCGAAGUGUGGGACGGGGAGCGUUGGCGAGACGACGCAGCCUUUUUCGAUCCCCAGUCCAGCUUCCUUCUCCCCCUGAAAUGCAACGAGUGCUGCAGAAACCGGAGCGUGUAUUGUGCCCAAAGCUUCCAACCCCCGUGGUUUUCCCGGCCAACCCCUCAGAUGUGGUGUGCGGAACGGAAGCGGUUCAAAGCUCGAUGUCCGGUCUGCAAAGGGGCGAUCGUGGCGACUUUGAAGGAGCUUCAGAAACGGGGGGAUCCAAGAAAUCUGAAGUUGGGACUUCACCUGGACGGCUUUCCCUCCGCGAGCACAUCCAAUAAGUCGAGCUGCAUUAUGGACGUGUUCCCAAUGACGGUGUCGAAACUGAAUCUGCACAAGGGAGCGGAAGACUGGCUGUGGCCGGUCAUGUACCCCCAAAAAAUGCAGAUGGUCCCGAGGCCGGACAGCUAUGAUGCCUUCCUGCUGGUCCUCGUCCUCGACGCCCUAAGGCUGUUCAUCGAGGGCUUUGAAAUCGACUACGCCCUCCCCCCGGAAGAGAUCAGUGCCCAUCUUCCCCCCCGCAGCGGACCGGUCAGAAUUCGGAUGAUGGUCUCGAGCGUUUUCUCCGACCUCCCAGCGCUCGCGGACAUGAUCAAGUUCAAGUUGGGGGGAUACCACGUGUCCAGAGGUUGCAAGCACGUCGGCAGCUACGUCGACGGAAGGCUGGUUUACACAGACGGACGCCGACUCGCCCGCGACGGGUGCGCCCCGAAGACGAUGGACGAGGUCGCGGCGGCUAUGUUGGAGCACCUGGGGGCGGAAACGAAAACGGAGCGGACGGAAAUCGGGCACCGGACAGGCGUCAUCGGCUUCAGCAUGCUGCUUCUCCUUUGGGCGGCCCACUGUCUCCACCUAGUGCUUGACGUCUGCAGCGACUUCUUGCACUGCGGGCCCGAAAACCUCUGCAAGCACCUGAUCCGCGACAUGCUGUACGGGGUGAGCCGGAAGCAGGGGGAAACAACGGAAUUAGUCGAACCCCCCCGGGCGGAUCUGAAGGAGUUCGGCAAGCGACUGGCGGGGAUCAAUCCGACUAGAAAGCUCGCAGACGGCCGGUGGCCCGCAGACCCGGCAAAGCGGCCCCUGGGUUGGUGGAAAGCGGACGAGCACAUGAAGGCGGCAACGGUGUGCUUCGUCACCGCUUUCGCGGGUAUCACCGACCCGGAAGCGUAUGCGGUGGUCCAGCUCGUGGCCUGCAUCCACCAGCUGGUGUUUGUCGUCGGCACAAGGGGGGGGUGGACAGCCGAGCUGGCGCACUUGUUCCGGCAGCUGUGCAAGGCCAAGCUGGUUCGCGCCGAGGAGGACGCGCUGCCCAAACUGCGACCCCUGGAGCACGAGACGUGCUUGCACAUGCCGGGAAACGUCCGGAUGCACGGGCCCCCCGACGCGUACUGGUGCUACGCGCAGGAGCGGUACAUCCGGAAGCUAGUCAACACUCCGAAUAACGGAAAGCAGAUCGAGGCGACCCUCCAUAGGCGGACCUUGGCGGCUCUGACGGUCGGGUGGCUGCAGCGCCGCCAAAAAGAGGAGCGGCUUCGCGCGGCCGGCCGGACUGCGGGCGACGAGUUGUGGGCGCGCGCGCGCGCGCGCACGGCGGACGGCGUCCUCUUCGCUGCGUCGCAAAAGGAGGCCAGGUCCUACUUGACCCAGUUGGAGAGAGAGCCGCCACGGGACGGGAGGCCGUCAGACGAGCGGCUUUUAGCAAGCAUGCGAACGGAGGGGGUGGUACGGUUGGCCGUCGAGAGCAUUCUGGACAGAGAGGCGCGGGCGGCCGGGAGGACGCCGGGUGUAGGGACUCGAUUGGAAGCGGGUACUGUCAAACGGGCGAAGAGCGUGCAAUUGGGGGAGUUCAACUUUGCGGUCGGGGAUCACGCUGUCCUGAGUCCGGAAGCUUCGGGCCGGCCGGAGGAGUACGUGUUGGUGGACUCGUUUUUCACAGCUAAGCCGCAGAACGGUCCCCGGAGGGUGUUCGUCCAGUUUUCGGCCUUUCGGACCCAACAAGACGGGGUAUCCGGGGUACCUGUGGGCGGCACUCACCAUAACUGCCUCAUGCUGCACCCCCUCGAGCAAGCCCAGAAGCGCGUGCGACUGGCUCGGGACCUGCAGCGGCGGUUCAUCCCGUGCCCGGCCCCUGGAGAGACCGUUUUCACCGGAAGCAGCCACGUGAUCGAGGUCGCCCCGAGCGGCUUCGGUUUUGAGGCACAUGACGUGUGGGUGCCGGUUUACCCCCGGGUUGGCGACGUGGUGAGGCUGGCCGUCCGUGAACCUCCGGACGUACGCCAAGAGGGCGUUCAAGAGCAGUGGGGGUACGGAGUUCCGUACGACAUCCUCAAAUCCGUCAAGCCUGGGUUCUCACUCUCGUACGCAGUGGUCAAGGAAGUCAGCAGCGGCCAGGGAAGGAUGGCCGUCGUGCAGUGGCUGCGGCGUUCCGAACUCGCUGCACCGGACGGGGAGGAAAGCGACUGGACGUUGUGGCCCGUAGCCGGGCGCACGGCGAUGGACGUUGAUGACGUCAGCGAGAGCGAAUCGAGUGAGAGCGACGACGAGAGCGCGGGCGCGUUUGAGCUGAAGCGAGUCACGUGGAAUUCUAUAGUCGACCUGGUCGAGUCAGUAGAAACGUUCGAGGACGAUCGGGGGACCGUGUUCCGCUUCAAGACGCUGCCGCCAGUGCGGGUGCGAGUUUAG